AUGGCAACGUCAAGCGAUCCCAACGAUCUUAAUUUACAAAAUUUAAAAGUUGAAGAAUCAACUACUGUGAAAACGGAAGAAGCUGGUAGUACAACUACUGAAAAAACGGCUAAACCAAAAAAAGAUAAGCCUAAACAGGAUAAACCUAAACAAGAUAAACCUAAACAGGACAAGCCAAAACAAGAAAAACCAAAACAAGAAAAAGUUCAAGCUGUUGCAGAAGCACCUGUAGAAGAACUUGAUUUCAAUCGAACACCAGAAGAAGUUGAAAAAGCUUUGAAUGAAUGGGUUAAAAAACCAUUAUUAGCUAAUCAAAAAAAACCUGAUGAAAAGAUAUUGCCUAAACCUGAUGCUCGAAAUAUUUUAAUUACAAGUGCUUUACCUUAUGUGAACAAUGUACCACAUUUAGGUAAUCUUAUUGGUUCAUUAUUAAGUGCUGAUGUUUUUGCUCGAUAUUGUCGAUUGAGAAAUUACAAUACGUUAUACAUUUGUGGUACCGAUGAAUAUGGUACAGCAACCGAAACAAAAGCAUUAGAAGAAAAAUGUACACCAAGACAAAUUUGCGAUAAAUAUUAUGAUAUCCAUACAAAAAUCUAUAAAUGGUUUCAAUUAGAUUUUGAUUAUUUUGGACGUACAUCUACAGAAAAACAAACUCAAAUUUCUCAAGAUAUUUUUUGGAAAUUACAUAAACGUGAUCUUGUCUUUAAAGAUAUUGUCGAACAAUUAUAUUGUGACACUUGUCAACGAUUUUUGGCUGAUCGUUAUGUUGCUGGUACAUGUCCAGAUCCAGCUUGCAAAUAUAAUGAUGCUCGUGGUGAUCAAUGCGAUAAAUGUGGAAAAUUAGUUAAUGCUAUCGAACUUGUUGAACCAAAAUGUCAAAUUUGUCGUAAUACACCACAAAUUAAAAAAUCCGAUCAUCUAUUUCUUGAUUUACCAAAAUUACAACCAGAAGUUCGAUCAUGGUUUGAUAAAUCAUGUAAGACAGGUCAUUGGACAAGUACAGCCAGCAGUAUCACUGAAGCAUGGCUUAAUGAAGGUCUUAAACCACGAUGUAUUACACGUGAUCUUAAAUGGGGAACACAAGUACCUUUAGAAGGUUAUACUAACAAAGUUUUCUAUGUUUGGUUUGAUGCACCAAUUGGUUAUCUAUCAAUAACAGCAAACUAUACGGAUAAUUGGGAACAAUGGUGGAAACAACCAGAUAAAGUUGAAUUAUUUCAAUUUAUGGCUAAAGAUAAUGUACCAUUCCAUGCCGUUAUCUUUCCAGCUUGUCUUCUAGGAUCACAAGAUAAUUUUACAGUUGUUAAUCAUCUUUCUGGCAUAGAUUAUCUUAAUUAUGAAGAUGCAAAAUUCUCAAAAAGUCGUGGUACUGGUGUAUUUGGUGAUCAUGCUCAAGAUACAGAAAUUCCAUCGGAUAUAUGGAGAUUUUAUCUUUUAUAUAUUCGACCAGAAACUACAGAUAGUGUCUUUUCAUGGGCUGAUUUAAUGUCAAAAAAUAAUUCGGAAUUAUUAAAUAAUCUUGGCAAUUUUAUUAAUCGAGCUAUUCCAUUUUGUGAAACGAAAUAUGCUGGUAAAGUUGGUGAUGCUAGUAAAUUAGAAACACCAUUGGAUCGAUUAUUUGUUGCUCAAAUUACAAAUGAAUUGAAUGCUUAUCUCGAAGCUAUGGAAAAAACAAGACUUCGCGAUGGUCUUAAAUGUGUUUUACGUAUGUCUCGCUAUGGUAAUAAAUUUUUACAAAUGAAAGAACCAUGGAAAAAAUGUAAAGGUUCUGAUGCUGAUCAAGCUGAUGCUGAAAUGAGUAUUGCUCUUGCAUUAAAUCUUGUUUAUUUACUUUCAUUGGUUCUUCAACCAUUUAUGCCAACAACAUCGAAUGAAAUACGAGAACAACUUAAUAUGAAAGAAUCUAAUUAUGGAUUAGACAAUGCUUUUCAUUGUUAUUUACCAGCUGGUCAUACAGUUGGAAAAGCUCAACCAUUAUUUAAACGUGUAGAAACUGCUUUGGUUGAACAAUAUCGUGCACGUUUUGGUGGUCAAAAGAAAUGA